AUGCGGAUCCAAACCGCCGCCGCGCUCGUCGCGAUAUCGUCAUUGGCGUCUACGCCAUUCGCCAUGAACACCAGUAACCCAGACAACAACUACUCAUGCCGCUCCGACAAGCACCCUAAUCCCGUCGUGAUGCUGCACGGCCUAAUGAGCAGCGCGCUCGUCGGACUCAACAAGCUCGAAAAAUGGCUGCAAGACCAGGACUUUUGCACGUUUUCACUUACAUACGGCAUCUCAUCGCUGGACCCUACUAUUGGCGGUAUAACGCCUGUUGCUGAAUCAGCCGUCGAGAUUGAAGACUUCAUCAAAGACGUCAAAAGGCGCACUGGUGCCUCCAAGAUCGACCUUAUCGGACACUCUGAAGGCGGAUUCCAGGCACUCUAUGUUGCCAAGUUUGGCAAAAUAGCGCAGGAUCUCGACAAGAUUGUCGCCAUUGCACCACCCACACAUGGAGUCCAUCCGGUAUCCAUUAGCGAAUACGUUGACGGGCUCAAGGCGCUGAACGAGCUGCUCGCAGGGCUGUCGUAUACUGCUGCAGGCUGUGGUGCUUGCUUUGAUCUGACCGAGGGCGGAGGCGGCGUUACGCGCCUGACUGAUGGGAAGAUUGUGCAACCGGGCAACAAGGUGACGAUUAUUGCAUCCAGGACGGACGAGGUGCUUUUCCCGCCAGAGACGGCGUUUGUGCACGAGUCUGGCGUGACGAAUAUCUGGGUGCAGGAUGUUUGCCCCAAGGAUACGACACAGCAUGUCCCCGAGGGCUACGAUAUGAAUAUUUGGAACAUAGCGCUCAAUGCGCUCGAAGGGAAGCCUAAGCGACGAUUCCGCUGUGUGGCCUCUCCGCCGGCGUACCUUGGUGUUCCUGUCCAUUCUUAG